AUGGGCUCGCUGAGUAGCCGGGUGCUGCGCCACCCCGGGCGAGCCCGACCCCCGCAGGAGCCGGCUCCAGGGGUGGGGGGCCCGGCCCGGAGGCCCGAGGCGGGCGGCGACGCGACCGGCCCCGGCUUCUGUUUCUGCCCGGGCAGCCGCAAACGCAAGCGGAGCAGCGGGGCCUUCUGCUACUGCCACCCCGACUCAGAAACAGAAGAGGAGGAGGAGGAAGGCGACGAGCAGCAGCGGCUGCUCAACACCCCUCGGAGGAAAAAAUUAAAGAGUACAUCCAAAUAUAUUUAUCAAACAUUGUUUCUGAAUGGUGAAAAUAGUGACAUAAAGAUUUGUGCUUUAGGAGAAGAAUGGAGCUUACAUAAAAUAUAUUUAUGUCAAUCAGGCUACUUCUCUAGUAUGUUCAGUGGUUCUUGGAAAGAAUCCAGCAUGAAUAUUAUUGAAUUGGAGAUUCCUGACCAGAAUAUUGAUAUAGAAGCACUGCAAGUUGCUUUUGGGUCACUGUAUCGUGACGACGUCCUAAUAAAGCCCAGUCGAGUCACUGCUAUUUUGGCAGCAGCUUGUAUGUUGCAGUUGGAUGGUUUAAUACAACAAUGUGGUGAGACAAUGAAGGAAACAAUUAAUGUGAAAACUGUAUGUGGCUAUUACACAUCAGCAGGGACCUAUGGAUUAGAUUCUGUAAAGAAAAAGUGCCUUGAAUGGCUUCUAAACAAUUUGAUGACUCAUCAGAAUGUUGAACUUUUUAAAGAGCUCAGCAUAAACGUCAUGAAACAGCUCAUUGGUUCAUCUAACUUAUUUGUGAUGCAAGUGGAAAUGGAUGUGUACACAGCUCUAAAAAAGUGGAUGUUCCUUCAACUUGUGCCUUCUUGGAAUGGAUCUUUAAAACAGCUUUUGACAGAAACAGAUGUCUGGUUUUCUAAGCGAAAAAAGGAGUUUGAAAGUAUGGCCUUCCUUGAAACUGAGCAAGGGAAACCAUUCAUGUCAGUGUUUAGACAUUUAAGGCUGCAGUAUAUCAUCAGUGAUCUGGCUUCUGCAAGGAUUAUUGAGCAAGAUUCUUUAGUACCUUCAGAAUGGCUGACUUCUGUAUAUAAACAGCAGUGGCUUGCUAUGCUGCGGGCAGAACAGGACAGUGAAGUGGGGCCUCAGGAAAUCAAUAAAGAAGAACUAGAGGGAAACAGCAUGAGGUGUGGUAGAAAACUUGCCAAAGAUGGUGAAUACUGCUGGCGGUGGACAGGUUUUAACUUUGGCUUUGACCUACUUGUAACUUACACCAAUCGGUACAUCAUUUUUAAACGUAAUACACUGAAUCAGCCAUGCAGUGGAUCUGUCAGUUUACAGCCUCGAAGGAGCAUAGCAUUUCGAGUUCGUUUGGCUUCUUUUGAUAGUAGUGGAAAACUAACAUGUAAUAGAACAACUGGCUAUCAGAUACUUACACUUGAAAAGGACCAGGAACAAGUGGUGAUGAAUUUAGACAGCAGGCUUCUGAGCUUCCCUUUGUAUAUCUGCUGUAACUUCUUAUAUAUAUCACCAGAAAAAAGACCUGAAAAGAAUCACCACCCAGAAAAUCCAGAAAACUGAGGAUCUCAUCCAUUGAAAACAGCAGCACUUUGAAAAUUUUUUAGGCCCA